CCUAACCCUAAUGAUAACCCUAACCCCCCUUUGGCUUGUAGCCUCUGUGUUCACCUGUGGUGUCCACCAGAGAGAAUGGGGCUUCCUCGGCAUUGACAUCCCCUUCGGGAGUAAUUAGAAGGGAGAUUUGGCGCAUUUAUUUGAACACAGGAUUUGUAAAUUUGUGAAAGAUGAAUGAAAUGGUUUCACUGGGCGAAUUACCUGCUACCAUAACAAAGGAACUAUUUUGAUUCCUGAUCCUGCUUGUUUCGGGAGAUUCAAAGAGGAUGAAAUCCAACAGAAAGCUUGAAUAAAAUUCUCUGUUAUGAUGUAUAGGCAAGUCGAGCUGGCUCACUGGCCUUGAACAAAAUAGGAGGUCUUAGUCAAUGGGAGAUAUCUUCCGUUGAACUCUUUGCUGGAAGUUGAAAACGAUUCAAGCACACUACUUCUACACAUGUCCAUAUUUGAAAACAUUUGACAAGACCACAGUUAUCUGUGACAAGAAGCUGCAAAAUGACCGGGGAGCCGAGUGACAUUGAUGAGGGCUGGAAAACCUUUUCAAAAAGAGUCGAAAAUGGAUCAAAUUGGCCAUGGAAACAAAACAGCAAGAUUGACUGUCUCAUUGAUGAGGUAGAGGAAAACUGCUCUCAGAUAGAUGCUGAAUUGCAAAAAACAAGAAAAAAGUUAGAAGAAUUAAGAGUUCUUAGAUACGAGGAAGCACACGAACUUAAGAAGAGGAUAGAAGAACUCGAAAAUGAGAUAACAAGGAAAGAAAAAAAUUACGAAGAAUAUAAACUGCAAGUCAAGAUACACGAAGAGGCACGAGAUAAACUUCGUGUUGAACUUAAUGAUGCUAACCAAAAAGUAAAGGAAUCUGAUAAUUUGUCGAGUCUUGCUCGUAAAGAAUUGAAUGAAUUACAAGCACGGCUCAGCGAUGAGACCUUAGAACGGGUUUCAUUGUCAAAGCAGUAUGAUGAAUUGAGAGAGCAGUUCGCAGCUAGUGAAAAGGAAAAGCUAGAGCUCCAGUUGAAAGUCAGUGCAAGCGAAGAUCUAAUUUUUAAAUCGGACACUAUGAAGGAGACACUGCAGCAUGAUCUUUUCGAGGUCAAAGAUAUGCUGAAUGAAUCAGAACAGAGCAAGAUUAAGCUUGAAAAAGAGCUGGGAGAAUACGAGAAGCAAGUGAAGAACCUGACAGCAGAAGCUAAUCAACAGCGGAAGAACAACUUAAUGGUAAAGGAAAAGGCCGCAAAAGACGAGAGUGUGAAUUCUGAGCUUAGAAAAGAGCUAUUUGAGUUAAAACAGACCAUAUCUCAGUUGAUGUCUGAUAGAGAGCAAUUAAAAUCUGAUGUUGGCAGAGAAAUGAGAAGAGCAAAGCAGAUGGAAAGCGAAACACAUAUGCUGGAGAACCAACUUCGGCAGGACAUUGAUGUGCUGUCGAGCUCAGAGACCAAACUGAGACAACGUUGUAGUGAACUUGAGAGUCUGCUUGGGAGUGAGGCCGGUGAGAAAGAUGAAUAUGCCAUUAAAGUUAGAAGUCUGGAAACGAGAAUGAAAGCAGUGGAAAGCCAGUUAGCUCAAACUGAAGAUGAGAAAAUGGAUUUAGAACUGCAGUUGAGCAUGAUAUCAAAGGCCAUAAAAAAGUCAUUUGGAGUAAACAUACCUGGAAAUACUAAAAGGAUGAAUAAUGCUAAAUCAAGCAGCCCAGUGAAAGAAUGGCUUGAGAAGGAUGUAGAAUCUGGUUAUCAUGAUGAUUUGAAAAUUGACCCAAGUCACAUAGAAAAGCAGCUUCGUGAUUUGGCCCAGAGGUUCUCUGAAAGUGAAGUUGAGAAGGAAGAAAUUCAAAACAAGUUAAAAUCAGCAGAACUUAGGAUAGGAGAAUUGGAAAAUGAAGUUAGAUCUUUUCAAAAUCAAUUCAAAGAAGAAGAACGAGCAUUGCAAGCCAGCGAACGGGCUAAAGAACACAUGGAAGUUCAAUUUGAUAGAACCAAAGAAACCAUUUCAUUACUUGAAAGGGACCUGAGCAGAAAAGAUCUGGAAUGGAAGGAGCUAGUGACAAAGUCUUCUGGUUUGGAAAAACAAAUCCAUCUUAAGGCAGAGGAGCUGCAAAAGGCUAAAAGUGACAUUGAACGCGCUGAGAAGGAAAAUACACGAUUGAAAGAGGAGAAGAAAGUUUUACGAGCCCAGGUCACCAAGUUUGAAACAAAGCAAGGAAAAUCAGAAAGAGCCAGGAGGACGAUUGAGGAUGAAGCACGUCACCUCCAUCAAACUGUCGAAGACUACAGUAAUGAAAAUACAAUUCUUAAAGAUCAAUUGGACAGUUUUAUCGAAGAUAAUAAAAAAUUUGCCCAUCGUGUAUUAGAGCUAGAACAUCAAAUUGACGAACUUUUAAACGGUGCAGAAGCUGGUAGGAUUGAGAAAGAGCAGCUUGAAGAUCAUAUUCGAUCAUUAGAGAACAAUAUGAAAGGGCAAGACAACACUAUACUAGAUUUAAGAGAUCAACUCAGAAGGCUAACACGGAAGAUAUCAGAUAAGGAAAGCGCAUUGCAGGCAAUGGAAAAAUCUAUGGAUACGCUUGAGAGCCAGCUUUCGAAUUACAAGCGGACAUCUGAAGAGCUAAUGGAUAAAAUCGCCUUUACAAAGGAGGUACAUCAUUCGGCUGAGCACAAGGCUGUUGAGCUUGAGGAGGAGCUUUCUAGGGUUAACAGGUCAUUCAGGGAUCAAAACAAAACAGUGGACGAGUUGCUCAACAAGGUAGGCUCACUUCAAAGUGACAAGCGUUUGCUUGAAGAGCGUAUCAUCAGGGCGGAGGAUGAGGCCAAAGUGAGCAAAGUGGCGCUUCAAGCUGUAGAGAAAAGCAAUGCCAGGAAAACUGAGGACAUUGAAAAGUACAAAAAGAGGCAUCAAAAAAUGGAAUUAGAAAUAAGUCGCAUGGACGAUUUUCUGCAAGGGCUGAGAGAUGAGAAGACUUCAGUCGAAAGAUCCAUGAAAGUUCUUGCUAAAGAAAACGAUGAACUGAAAAAAAUGGUAAAGCACAUGGGAAAGGAAGUCAACGAAGCUCAAUCGAAGAAGAAAGUGAGCAAUUUAAUUGACCAAAGAAUACAAGAAAUUGACAUAGCACAAGAAAGGUCAAAAAUGGAACAGGCGCUCAAAGAGAAGGACAUUCGGAACAAAGAGAGAAUACAGCAAGAUAGAAUGACUCGGCUUGAAGACGAGGUGGUCAAUCUCAGGCACAAGUUACUGAUAGAGCAACAGGACCGGCAGCGUUUAGAAGACACUUUCUUAAAACGGGAGGAUGAACUUGGCAAACUGAGAUACAGCUUUGAUCGUUCCCUGAACACUAUUACCGGAGAUGCUAGAAAUUUAAAAACUAUUUUAGAUGGAUCUCUAAACAAACUUGAAAAGCAUCUGAUGACAGCCCAAGGUGUCGCAGCAACUGAUUCGGAAGUGACGUCAGGAGACGAGGUCACCACAGUUCCCCCGUCCAAAGUCCGCUCAAAAGCCAAUGCUAAUGGAAUCCAUGUUCCAAGCAAGCUAGACAAGUACUUGCCUUCAACUGGAGGACACGAAUGUUCAAAAGCAUCCAAUGUAGACGAUCGCAAUACCGAUAGAAACAACAGUGUGAAAAAGAAAACCAAAUCAAGUUCUCAUGCGCAAUACAGUCAAAACGAAUCACAUUCAAAAUCCAAAACUAGUGCUUUUUCAAAUGGUUCAGCGUUACACCGACCUGUGAGGACAAGGCGUUGAUAAUUGGUAGUACUUUACAUCGUUUUAAAAUUCGUUGUGAUUUGAUCAUGAUCAUUACGAUUUUAGUGAUCAUUAAAUAGCAAAUUAUCGGGUGAACCUUUGUUUAAGAAAUUUUGUCAUAUAUGUUGCCACUUUUUGAAACGAUAGAAAAAGGAUCUGUUAACAACGGGGCUUGGCAAUGUUGUUGCCCAUUAUUCCGUUUUUAUGUUUGUUGAAGUUCAGAUCCCUUUAAAGAAAUUAGAAGAUAUUAGCCAAUCAAUGAGCAUUUGAGUGGAAUCACACUCACUGAUUGGUAAAUGCUCGAUUUAAAUAUGAAUAAGCUUCCAACAAAGGGACUGAUCUUUCCCCAGUUAGUUUAUUCAAUCUUCAUGAAGUACUUUCUUGGAACGCCUUUUUAGGUUAAUAUUACCAGUGAUAAGAAAUCUUUGUCACAUUGUAGUUCCUGUUUUAGUGACAACUGUUUCUGUUUCUGUGGGUAUUUUGCCAAACUGUUAAAUUUAUUGAAUAUCGUGAAUUAAAGCCACGACGUUCGGCUUUCUUGUAACAAAAUCUGACCAGUGUGUAACCUAAGGAACUGCCUGGUAUUGAGUGGAUUGUAUAAAAUAUUCCCUUGUUCUGUGUAUACGAAUCGAAGACCUGCAACAUCCUGUAUCUUGUUGUCUUUUAUCCCGCUGUUUGUCGAUUUGGUAAGCACAAUGAUUUUUACCACGCUUUCCAAGCGUUUCUAGAUCUCUUUUACUUUUUUUCCAACGAUGGCUACAGCUAGCUCGGUUUUGACUAUUUCGUUUCACACCCUAUUCCACUGUAAUUGGUCAUCAAUGUAUAUAAUAAACGGGGUGUAAGCACAUGACUAAGCUACGGUUGCUUUGAAACAGUUCAAUAAGUCUAUCAUAUUUUGAAAUUUCAGAAUGCCACGAAAAAGCGAAAACAUAAAGCACAUGUUGCCAUAAUAGAUAGGAGUCGCGUUUAUAGCGCCAUGUGACCGUUAGUACGUAUCUUGGCUGUCUGCAUGCUUAAACAUGCUUUAAACACAGAGCAAAAAGGACAGAUAAUGACUAUGGUUUUGCUUAAAGCAACUAAAGGUUCAAGUACAAGCAAAUGCAAUCGUUGCAAAUGCAAGCAAAAGUUGCUUUGCCAUACAAAGCUUAUGCCUAGGCCUAUUUUCAAGUUUGCUAGGAAAAGCUCCCAUUAUUCAAUUACCUUUCAUUUGAUAACUAUCCUUAGCUAUUGCUUUAGUGGUAAAAAAAAGUUCAUUGCCAGUUUUGAAUGAAAGAAAGAAAGAAAGAAAGAAAGAAAGAAAGAAAGAAAGAAAGAGAGAAAGAAAGAAAGAAAGAAAGAAAGAAAGAAAGAAAGAAAGAAAGAAAGAAAGAAAGAAAGAAAGAAAGAAAGAAAGAAAGAAAGAAAGAAAAAGAAAGAAAUGUUUUUUUAACAUUUCUCAA